CCUUCCCUUCCCAGGGCAGGUGGGGAAGGAAGGCCUGCUCUUCUAGAGCCUAUGGGAAUGGAGAAGGGCCAAGAGCCAUCGUCCUAAGGAAUCCCAGGUGGUGGUGGUCAUAGCAGUGGUGGUGGGUGGGGGCAGGGGGAGUAGUAAUGGCUCCUAGACUCAGCACAGUCUCUUGUAAGGCUAGAGCAAGGCUAUGCUGGGACCUUCCUCCUCUCUUGGCGGUUGGGUGGGCAAUUCUCCCAAGAGUGGGCCAGUAGAGAUGUGUUUCAGCAGCACCACAGUUGUUACUGGGGCAGGAAUAGUUGUGUUCUGAGUCCUUGGACUUUUUGCCCAGUGCCUGCUCCUGGGAAAUCCCUCUGGGCAGAGGCAGGAGCUGUGGCUGGUGGGUUCUGAGACCUUUUCUGGAAAGGCUUCCUCCCCACCGUGGUUUCAGGAAACUGGACCUACCCCCAAGUCAAACUUACUCAAAUUUCAAUCUUUAGCAAAUAUUGGAAGUUGAGUUUCAUUCCACAAGAGCUGCAAAUCUUAUGAAGAAACCAUUUGAGAGAACAAGUGCACAGGAAAAUGGGCCUUUCCUGCCUGCUCAAUAUCACUGCCUUGAACCCCUGGGGAGCCACCUGUUAAAGAUGUGCCUGCAGCUGGCUCAUCCUAGGCCAGCGUUUUUCCACAUUUAAAAAUUCAUGACCCAUCAAAAACUUUAAAAAUCUCAUGCCCUUUUGUAUUUUAUGAUGCAAAAAUCAUAGGUCCCUUUUCAUUUUCCAAAUAUAAAAUUAUAAUAUCAACUACACAUUUUCUUGGUACAAAGCCCUCUCUCCCCUAAUUGACAAUUGCUGUCCAAGACCCUUCAAAGCUAUGAUACUAGAUGACUGGAUCUGUAGGUCACUCCUUGAGCUUCUAGAGCCUUAGAAGAAGGGACUCUGUCCCUUCCUGUCCUUCAGGCUCCAGUCACCUGGCCACAGAAAAGAGCUGGGCAGCAUGCACAGGGCCCGCUACAGGGAGCAAGGAAGGACUUAUUUGGCACAUAAUUAGUUUCCAGCCUCCCGGGGUCUUGUAUGCCAGAGGUGUGAAGAGAAUGAACAAUUAAUAAAACUCUGACUCCAGGGAGCCAGUUCUAGCUGGGGAAAUAGGAACAGGCUGUUUAACCAACAACAAGUAGUCCUGUUAUACACAGACACACACACACACCCACACACACAAUCAAACAGCCUGUCUCACCCUCCCCACCAGACCUGUGCAGAGACACAGACACGUUCCAGCUCGGAGCUCUGCCAGCAGCAGGCGUGAGAUAAACAUCCCGGAGUGACUGACACACUCCCUCCACCACAGAUCCCAGAUAUCACCUCUCUGCCCACCAGCCCCUCGCCUCCUUCCCCCUCACUGCGCUGCCUCUUUUAAACCUGACUCUGAGGACUGUGCUCAGUGGCCCACAAAGGGUUCUGAUUGUGGCUAUUCCAUGGCCCUUCCCCAGGGAAGGGAGGGGAGCUGAGACAGAUGGGAGGCUUGUCCUGCUGUGGCCACCGAGCGAAACUCUUGGAUGGCUAAGAAUGAGCCAGGAACUGUUCCUGCCCAGGCUACCGCUGAAUGCCUUAACCUCUCCCUAACUCUGGCCCCACAGAGGCUCCGGGGGCUUUGCCCCGCUGGGACAGCUCCCUCAAUUCUCUGGCCCCCUUUCAUAGUUCCAGGCCAGCGCCCCUGCCCACUCCCCAUCAAUGGCCCUGUCUUUUCCCAGGCCCUCUGCCUUCUCCUGUCACAGCACUUGUCCCUGUGCCUCUGCUCUCUCCUUGUUUCCUGUGGCACGUUUUGUCCCCCAGCGUGACUGUCAGUUCUUCAAGUGCAAGAGCCUGUCUUUGCCUUCCUUGUGACUGGUGCCCCCUGCGAGUUCCGCACACACAGGCUGCUCCCUGGAUGCUCAUUGAAUUGAUGAAUUCAUUUGCUGCCCUCUCCCACCCGCCCCAGGACACACCCACAAGCCCUGCCUGUGUGUCUCUGCUCUACAAUAACCCUGUGUUCUCCACCCAGAAGACUUGCUUGGGCCCCUGGUCUCUCUUAUCCAUCCGUCGCAAGUCUCAGCUUCUUACGUCUUCACUGGCUUUUUGUCAACACCUCCCCUGCCCUCUCCCACACCUGCCCCGAGCUCCACCUACAUGCUAAGCCCUCUGCUGGAGGGUGGGGACCAGAGGAAGGAGGCCCACCCCUGCCUCUUGCUGCGUAAUGGCUCCUGUCAGAAAGAAAAUGAGGGCUGGGGACAGGUGGAGGCGAGGUGGGACCAGCUGCAGCUGAGGAACCUUUUGAGCAUUUAGAGGGUGUGGGUUUGACGUCGCUGUUCAGGGGAGCCCUGAAGCUAUCUCAAGCCCCAGAGACCCAGGAUUUAGGGCUCAAGGGGUCAGAGGCUGGAGUGAGGCUCACGUCCGAGACUCUGAGUCACUGCUAGAUGUCCCCUGUUGAGAGGACAUCACUGAGGAUCUCACUGGGAAGUAUGCUGAGGUCCCAGAAAGAAUUUAGUCCUGUGGCCUCUUUUCCUUGUGGCGUAAGAACUUUGAAUUUCACCAGGCAGACUCUUUUCCCAUGAAAUAGAUGCAUCAGUGAAGACCAGAGCAAAACCACAACUUGUCUGCAGUUACAGAGCUGGUCAGGAGCAGAGCCAGGCUUAGCACUGCGAUUCCCUGACUCACUCUCCACCACCAGCCCGAAUUUCCCUGGUGCAAGCUCUCCACUCCCCACCCCUUGGUAGGCAGAACUGGGCAUUGUUGGGUGCUGCCAUUCCCAGGGGGGACGCUGAGUAGAAGGGGACAAUCUGAAUAUUCCCCUUUCCCUGUGCUCCUCACCGUUUCCUGCCGCGUCGUCUUCUGUCUCUCCCUCUGGUGUUUGGUUGACCUGUUCUCUGCUUCUCCUUCUGACCGCGUGAGGACCCCUCCUCUGGACAGGAGCUCUCUCCUGGGUUCCCGCCCGCAGUACCUGCUCGCAGCCGCCAACUAGGUGACUGUGUGCUGGGUGGAUGAGGCCGGGGCCAGCUCCACGCGCUGCCUCUCCCCACAGGCCGAGCAUGCCGGGGUCCGCACCUACUUCUUCAGUGCCGAGAGCCCCGAGGAGCAAGAGGCCUGGAUCCAGGCCAUGGGGGAGGCUGCUCGAGUACAGAUCCCUCCAGCCCAGAAGUCAGUGCCCCAAGCUGUGCGGCACAGCCAUGAGAAGCCAGACUCGGAGAACAUCCCACCCAGCAAGCACCACCAGCAGCCGCCCCAGAACAGCCUCCCCAAGCCUGAGCCAGAGGCCAAGACUCGAGGGGAGGGUGAUGGCCGAGGUUGUGAGAAGGCAGAGAGAAGGCCCGAGAGGCCAGAAGUCAAGAAGGAGCCUCUGGUGAAAGCCAACGGCCUCCCAGCUGGACCAGAGCCAGCCUCAGAGCCGGGCAGCCCUUUCCCUGAGGGCCCAAGGGUGCCAGGGGGUGGGGAACAGCCUGCUCAGCCCAAUGGCUGGCAGUACCACUCCCCAAGCCGGCCAGGGAGCACAGCUUUCCCGCCUCAGGAUGGAGAGACUGGGGGACACCGGCGGAGUUUCCCACCACGCACCAACCCCGACAAAAUUGCCCAGCGCAAGAGCUCCAUGAACCAGCUUCAGCAGUGGGUGAACCUGCGCCGGGGGGUACCCCCGCCUGAAGACCUUCGGAGUCCUUCUAGGUUCUACCCUGUGUCUCGCAGGGUCCCUGAGUACUAUGGCCCCUACUCCUCCCAGUACUCCGAUGAUUACCAGUACUACCCACCAGGGGUGCGGCCAGAGAGCAUCUGCUCCAUGCCAGCCUACGAUCGGAUCAGCCCACCCUGGGCCCUGGAGGACAAGCGCCAUACCUUCCGCAAUGGGGGCGGCCCUGCCUACCAGCUGCGAGAGUGGAAGGAGCCCGCCAGCUACGGGCGGCAGGAUGGCACCGUCUGGAUCCCAAGCCCCUCCCGGCAGCCAGUCUAUUAUGAUGAGCUGGAUGCCGCCUCUAGCUCCCUGCGCCGCCUGUCCCUGCAGCCCCGCUCCCACUCUGUGCCCCGCUCACCCAGCCAGGGCUCCUACAGCCGUGCCCGCAUUUACUCCCCUGUCCGCUCACCUAGUGCCCGUUUUGAGCGGCUGCCACCUCGCAGUGAGGACAUCUAUGCUGACCCUGCUGCCUAUGUGAUGAGGCGAUCCAUCAGCUCCCCCAAGUAUGAUUACCUGGGAGACAGGCGGCCAGUCCCUGCAGGACUGUUCCCCUACAACUACCCACCAUCCCCCACGGUCCACGAUAAGAUGGAUGAACUUUUAGAUCUUCAGUUGCAAAGAAACCUAGAGUAUUUGGAUCAGCAGAUGAGUGAGAGCGAGACUCUCAUCAGUAUGGUGAACCGCAUGGUGGAAAACUCCUCCCCCAGGUCCCAACUCUUCAUGCAAGUCCCUCCGUACCCAGAAGUGUUCCGGGACAGCCUCCACACCUACAAGUUAAACGAGCAAGACACAGACAAGCUGCUGGGAAAAUUGUGUGAGCAGAACAAGGUGGUGAGGGAGCAGGACCGGCUGGUGCAGCAGCUCCGAGCUGAGAAGGAGAGCCUGGAAAGUGCCUUGAUGGGGACCCACCAGGAGCUGGAGAUGUUUGGAAGCCAGCCCGCCUACCCAGAAAAGCUGCGGCACAAAAAGGAUUCACUGCAGAACCAGCUCAUCAACAUCCGCGUGGAGCUGUCUCAGGCGACCACGAUAAAUAGCAAGUCAGCCAGUCUGCUCAUUCCAGUCUCCACCGAGGAAAUGAGCUUAUUUCCCACAAACUAUACCUGUACCUGGAUUUCUUUGGGACAGCAUGAAGUUGCCCUGACGCACAGCACCAUAGAGUAUGAGCACCUCGAGUCUGAGGUCUCUGCCCUGCACGAUGACCUCUGGGAGCAGCUCAAUUUGGACACCCAGAAUGAGGUGUUGCACCGGCAAAUCCAAAGGGAGAUCUGGAGGAUCCAGGACGUGAUGGAGGGGCUGAGGAAGAACAACCCCUCCCGGGGCACAGACACCGCCAAGCACAGAGGAGGAAUUGGCCCCUCAGCCACCUACAGCUCCAACAGCCCGGCCAGCCCCCUCAGCUCUGCCAGCCUCACCAGCCCCCUGAGCCCCUUUUCACUGGUGUCGGGCUCUCAGGGGUCCCCCACCAAGCCUGGCUCCAAUGAGGAACCUGGCCCGCCUCGGCCUCCCCUCCCCAAAGCCUACGUCCCCCUGGAGUCUCCUCCAGCCGUCCCUCCACUCCCUAGCGAGAGCCGCUUCUGGCCCUAUCCCAGCUCCCCUUCCUGGCACCGCAGUGGCGAGACAGCCAGGGGGCAGCCCAAGGCAAACUAUGAACAAAGCAAGAAAGACCCCCACCAGACAUUGCCCCUGGACACCCCCAGAGACAUCAGCCUUGUGCCCACCAGGCAAGAGGUAGAGGCAGAGAAGCAGGCAGCUCUCAACAAAGUUGGCGUUGUGCCCCCUCGGACAAAAUCGCCCACUGAUGACGAGGUGACCCCAUUAGCAGUGGUGAGAAGGAAUGCCAAUGGGCUCACCAAUGGACUGUCUUCCCAGCAGGAACGCCCCAAGAGUGCUGUGUUCCCUGGCGAGGGGAAGGUCAAGAUGAGCGUGGAGGAGCAGAUUGACCGAAUGCGGCGGCACCAGAGUGGCUCCAUGAAGGAGAAGCGGAGGAGCCUGCAGCUCCCGGCCAGCCCGGCCCCCGACCCCAGUCCCCGGCCAGCCUACAAAGUGGUGCGCCGCCACCGCAGCAUCCACGAAGUGGACAUCUCCAACCUGGAGGCAGCCCUGCGGGCAGAGGAGCCUGGCGGGCAGGCCUACGAGACACCCCGGGAGGAAAUUGCCCGGCUUCGCAAAAUGGAGCUAGAGCCCCAGCAUUAUGACGUGGACAUCAAUAAGGAGCUCUCCACUCCAGACAAAGUCCUCAUCCCCGAACGGUACAUUGACCUGGAGCCUGACACUCCCCUGAGCCCUGAGGAGUUGAAGGAGAAGCAGAAGAAGGUGGAGAGGAUCAAGACACUCAUUGCCAAAUCCAGUAUGCAGAACGUGGUGCCCAUCGGCGAGGGGGACUCUGUGGACGUGCCCCAGGACUCAGAGAGCCAGCUGCAGGAGCAGGAGAAGCGGAUUGAAAUCUCCUGCGCCCUGGCGACCGAGGCCUCCCGCAGGGGCCGCAUGCUGUCUGUGCAAUGUGCCACCCCAAGCCCUCCCACCUCCCCUGCUUCCCCGGCUCCUCCAGCAAACCCCCUGUCGUCUGAAUCCCCACGGGGCGCCGACAGCAGCCAUACCAUGCGGGUCUGAGCUCUGACUGCAAGCCCUGGCUGAGGCCAAUGCUGUGAAGCUCCACAGAGCCACAUUCUGAAGCCGUCCUCUGCCCACCCUGGCUCCCCACCCUGGCCCCCUGCCCCUGCACUCCCAUGGGAAUGCUACAGGGAGCCAGGCUGGGGCCAUGGGCUGCUGCCGAGAGGACCGUGGAUACCUCAGUGUCCGCACACCCACCAUGCCUAGUCCUGGAGCCCUCAUUACUUACACCGUGGUCCUGGGCCAGGGCCUGAGAUGACAGUGGGGAGCACCAUCCUCGUUAAUGUCCAAGUCACAGGGAAACUCAGCCUUGCCCUGGCUGGGGUUGUGGUGACUCCAGUGGAACAUUCCCUGAUGGGGGACAUGCCGUGGUGGAGAACACACCUGUGGCUAUCUUCGGUGAGGACUAGAGGUGAAGAGGAGAUGGACACUGCCUCUGGAGCCAGCCUGACACCGAGGACAGCACUUGUCAUCAUCCCUAUCCUCAUCAGCCCCACGCUGCUGCCUCAGCUGGACCCAGGGCUUUGACACAAACCCACUGCUUUGCUUAUGGGUGCUCGCUGGGGUCCAGUGGAGACUGACCACCCCGCUUGAGCCAAAGACAAGGUGAUGAGAGAUGGGGAGAGGCUAUUGGCUCCCAGAGGGAACAGUGCUGGCUGUGGCUAGAGAACAGCAGGUCUGUGCAGUGUCUGAGGGCAGGUUGGGAAGGGUAGCAGAGAGACAGAGACAGAAAGAGAGAGCGAGAGAGAGAGAGAGAGAGAGAGAGAUCCUCAGAGUGGAAGGAGGGGAAGCAGCAGGACACAUUGGCAAGUCAAGCGGGAAGGAGGGAGAUGAAAAGGGGGUAUCGGAUUGGUUUCCCCAGGCGGAGCCUUAGGUUAGUGCCCAGUGCAGUGCCAGACUGUCUCCUCUGCUCCUCCCACCUCAUCCCCAGGAGGACCCACCAGUGGAGCACAUGGCAGCCUCCGUGGAGAUGCUUGGUGUGGGGAUCUGGGUGAAGGGGGUUGAGUAGCGACUGCCUGGGAGAUGGCUGUUGGUAGGUCUGCGCCUGGUGUCUGCCUCCCCAUCCUGGGGUAAGGGGCAGAGAAAAGGACUUGUCUUAUGUAGGGUGUGGUCAGCCUUGGGGCCUUACCUACCCAGUUCCGUGAUAUUUCUUGCCCUGUUCCCGCUGGAAUGUGCAGUGGGCCAGCUGAGAGUACGCCUUGAGGAGGGGGGAUGAGGCAUUAAUCUGGGAGGCCAGAUUCCAGGACCGUCCUCCCUAUCCCAGACAUCCCAGACGAGGACUGGCUGAGGCUAGGCGCUCUCAUGAUCCACCUGCCCAGGGAGGGCAGUGGGGGAGAGACAGAAAAGCAAACACAUUCUUCCUCAGCUCCACCCACCUGGAGAUGAAUGUAGCCAGAGAGGAGGAAGGAGGGAAGCUGAAGACGCCGUGGCCCCUCGGCCUUCUCUCUGCUAGAGUUGCCGCUCAGAGGCUUCAGCCUGACCUCCAGCGAUCCCAAGAACAUCUACUAAUUCCUCUCCACUCCUUCAUGGCUGGGACAGUUACUGGUUCAUAUGCAAGUAAAGAUGAUAAUUUACUCAACAAAUAUUUAUCGAGCACCUUUUAUGUACCAGGCACUGUUCUAGGUGCUUAGGCUAUUCUCAUGUUUCUGAGGGAUUAUAGCCUGGGAGGAUGCCACCAAUCUUCACUUCUAGCAGGUUUUUCAAACGUGACCCUUGGCUAUAUUUCCCAUCUUCACAGUUCAAGCACCCCAAACCUGCCCUUUCUCCCCCGCAGACUGACAGGUGGGAUUGGCUCCCAGGUCAUCUCCUCUCUCUCUUUCUCCCAAGCCUUUCUCCCUCCACAGGAAACAGAUUUUUCAGGGCCUUCCACGUCUGCCACUUUGUCUGCCUCUUUUUUUUUUUUUUAAAGUAAUAUUUUUUAGAAAUACAUGUAAAAUACCAAGAAAUAAUGUCUGCGCCUCUGCCAUCUCUCUCUCACCUCUUAUUUCAUAAAGCUGGCUCUUUAUGUUGCUUUACAUGCCUUAAUAUAUGUUUUAUGGAGAUUAUACAUAUUAUAGAUCUAUAUAUGUAAUA